AUGUCACAAAUAUGGAGUAAUUCAGUGGCAGGUAGUAUGACAAACAUCAAUAGCGCAAAGCAUGUUCAUAAACUACCGGCAUCACCAAACACCCAAAAGGAAAGAGCUAUAACCAAAAUACCAAUCACAGGUGCCGAUAAAAUCACAGAGGUUUCAACAAAAGACGCCAGAAAUCUUUUUGCCAAAUUAUCAUUCCCAAUAUUUUUAGAUCUUAGCGAUAGUUGUUAUAAUAUAGAAUCGGAUGAAUUUUUAAAAAGUUGUCCAAAUGUUUUAAAAGAAAUCUACAUAUGUAACUUUAAUAUUGAUAUUCUCUCAUUAAAACAAUUUUAUAGAUUAAAUCUAACAUCAAAUUCUUUGAUAGAGGUUUCAUCGAUUGGACAUCAAAGUAAAUUGAAAAGAUUAAUUUUAGAUAAGAAUAAUAUAGUAGAUGUGUCAUUAAAGGGUUUGAAUUCGUUGAUUUACUUUUCGGUUGCAAACAAUAGAUUGGCAUCAGUCCCAGAUUUAUCAGACCAAAAAGAUUUAAUAAAUAUAGAUUUUUCAAAUAAUAGAUUGCAAGAUGGAUUUGAAGAAUUGGCUAAAUUAAAAUCAUUAGAAGUAUUGGAUUUAGCAAAUAACAAUAUUGAUUAUACAACAAUCGAUCAAUUUUCAACUAAGUUUUUAGAGCAUUUGAGAAAGAUAAAGACUUUAGAGUAUUUGGCGUUGGAUGGUAAUCCAAUUGAGAAAUCGAUUCCAGAGUUCAGAUUGUUUAUGGUCAAUGCAAUCCCAAAGUUGAAAUACUUUAAUUGGGUAGCCAUUCCAAAGGAAGAGAAAUUACGUGCAUCCAAGUUGGAAGCCGAAGGUUUCUGGAAGAAAGAUCAACCACUUGUUAGAGAGCAACCACCUGCACCACUGGUGCAGCAAGCAUCACAACCAAAUAUCUCGUCGGGAGCGAUUCCACCGAUUCCAAUGAUUUCAAAACCAACAGCAACAUUUAUUCAGAGAAGACCAAAUACACUCGGUGGUGCUGGUGGUACUGGUUUCUUGAUUGGAUCGCAUCUGGCACGUUCCACCGAUCGCCAAUCGUCAGCUAGUUCCGACACCUCAAGAAAGAUCGACGAAGAUCUAGAUGUCCAACUUCCAUCGAUGGAAUACUACUUGAAUCAAUUGAUACAAGAGUUACCACCAGCCGAGAAUUUAGAUUUCAGUCUUAUGUUGGACAGAAAGAUCUACCUUGAUGCGUUGUACAAUGCGAUUGUCGAUGGAUCGUUGAAUGCCGAUUUAAUUCCUGAGGACAAUGCUAUCUUGGAGUCAAGUAAAGCAUCAGCUGUUAUCGUUCCUCUUGAUGAUGUAAUCGAAGAGGAGGAAGAGCUAUUACAACCAGUUCCAGAGACUGUUGUGUCUGUUGCCACACCAGUUUUAAUUGAAGAUGAAACUUUGGAUUCUCCAGAGAUCAUUCAAACAGCUGUUUCAACAUCAACAUCGACAUCGACAUCACCAUCACCAACACCGAUACCACAACCAAUUAGUACUGCACCCAUCAUUAGAAUGUCAGAAGAAGAUAUCAUGGCAAGCACAAGUGAUCAAAUCAAGGUUAUUUCACCUGUUUUAUCAAGUGAUUCACGUUCUCUGAAUCACUCUGGAUCGGUCUCACCAAAUACUACUACACCACUAUCGUCAUCACCUUCAUUCAGACCAAUUAAUUUUGGAGCGAAACGUCCAGCUUCUCCACUUACCAAGCCUGCUGGAUCAGUCAGUCGUUCGAGUUCACCAUUGACCAACCGUGCAACUGCCACACCAUCACCACCACCUCCAACUGGUUUCGUAGCCAAGAAACUAGAACAAUUGUCAAAGGGUAUCCAAGGAGUAUCUUCCACCCCAACUUCCAAUCACUCAUCGAAACCACAUACCCCACAACCAGGUACACCAAAGUCAGAUGGUGAACUCGAUAUCAAUAAGUUUACAAUGGAGAUUGAAAAGGCACUUCAAGAUAUUCACGAUGUUUCCAAUGAGAUGACCCAACAGAAUCAAAAGCAACAGGAACAACAAACAACUGCUGCAACCCCAUCUCAUCCACAGACCAUCCUUCCAUCGUUGUCAGAGGAGAAUUUGGUAGAGGUUUCUAAUCAUAUUCCAACAACCAACAUUAUUCCAGUACAAAUGGCCGAGUCUGAGGAUGAAGCAGAGGUAUCUCAAAUCACUUCAAUGCCAGUGAUCAAACCAUCCGAUGACAUAAACACUGCAGCCAAGAAGUUGAAUGAGAUGAUUGACGAGUACAAUAAGUCAGAGGAUGAACAACAAAAGAUAAUAGAGAACACCAGAGAAUUGACACUGCUAGAUUUGGUACAGAAGUUUGAGCAGUUACGUUCUUCAAUUGGUGAUGCCCCUCCAAAGUCAUCUACCAGUCAACCAUCUCAAAUUCCAUGGCAAGCAUUAAAGUCGGAUAUUCAAAUAGGUUCCAAAUUGGGAUCUGGUAGCUUUGGUGAAUCAUUUGUGGGUGUCGCUUGGAACGAUCCAGUUGUUUUGAAGAAACUCUACACAAUGCCAACCAACAUCAAUCAAUUCAAAGAUCGUGUAUCAAAGAUGUUGGAUCUCAAUCAUGAGAAUGUAGUUCCAAUCAAAGGUUGUUAUAUCGAUAAGAAUGACUGUUACUUGAUCUCACCAUUCGUUGAUUCUUGCACAUUGGAAACCCUUUUGUCAACACCAAGAUUCAAUUUUAGCCAAGAGUUUAUCUGUAAUGUAUUGCUAGGCAUUGCCAAGGCAAUGUGUUUCCUUCAUCAGCAUGGAUUCAAACAUGGUACUCUCAGUCCAUCGAAUAUCCUCAUCGACCAAUCCGGUGUAAUUCACAUCCGUGACUAUGGAAUGUUUAACGACCAAAAGAUUGAACCAUCGAAGGUAACACCUUACACAGCACCGGAAUUGGUAGUGCAAGAAUCGGAGGAAACUCACGAUGAAACCAUCGAUCAAUAUUCAUUCGGUAUUAUAGUUUGGCAGAUAUUCCAACGUGGAAAACAACCAUUCAAUGGAUCGAGUGAUAUCGUAUCAAUGUUGAAACAAGGAUACCGUCCAGAACUAACACUCGACGUACCAUCGGUAUUCGACCGUUUGAUUCGUGCUUGUUGGCAUCAAGAUAUCACUGCACGUCCAAACUUUUUAACGAUUACCAAGAUUCUCGGACAACCAAUUCCACGUUUAUUCAGUUUGCACUCCAAGGUAUCGACACCGACCACACAAAUUAUCACACCAAAUACAACACCGACUGGAUCACCCAAUGUCAAACCAAUGAGUAUUCCAAACAAGAAUAUAUCAAAUCUAACACCUCUUUCCUCACCAAAACUUGGACCAUUGUCUUCAUCACCAAAGACUACACCAUUGUCAUCGUCACCAUUGUCUGGUUCGCCAAGACUGAAUGUACCAAACAAGCCGGCCCCAGUUGUACCACCAAUUCGCACAAACUCAAUAACACCACCAACAGCAUCACAACCACCAACACCAUCGUUAUCAUCAACCAAACACCAAUUCUCAGAGACAGGUGAACUCAAGAAGAAGAUGAAUCUAGUAUUAGAUAAGAUCAUUUCUAUGCUCCCAGAAGAAUCACUCACUCCAAAGGCAUUGAAGGCACUUGAGAAUCUUGCUUCCAAUCAAGCAAACAUCCAACAUCUCGUAAGAGCCAGUAUUAUGCCACAUCUUAUCAAGACGUUUGCAUUUAACAACGAGGAUAUCAACGAACUCUCAUUAAAUGUAUUAUGCCAGCUCUGUGUAUAUGAAGAUCUUUCAAAUCAAUUCGUUCAACUCUCUGGUUUAGUUCAUAUUGUUAGAUUAAUGAAUUCUACUAAUCUUGGAAUAGCAAUGUCUGCAACAAAAUUAUUAACUGCACUUGCUGAUGAACAAAAUUUGAAAGAGAUAAGAGAAGUUGGAGGUCUAAAAGUAUUGUUUGUUCUUUUACAAUCAAAGAAUGAAUUCAUGCAAAUGCAAGCUGUAUGGGCAGCAUCAAGAGUACUAUUAGACAAGAUCAAUCAAUAUAGCUUCAUUGAAUGGGGUGGUAUUCAAAUGUUAUUGGAAAUGAUGAAUUCAAAUAAUCAAGGUUUAGCUAUGAGAGCAUUACUUGCCAUUUGUUGUUUAAUUACAAAUGAAAUAUGUCAAGAUUUAUUAUUAGAAGCAGGUGUUCUUGGAUUGUUAAUGAAUUGUUUAGUUUCACCAUCAACAUUACUUAGAAUUCAUACAUUAAAGAUCAUUACAAAUAUUGGUAAUCAACCAGAGUUUAGAAAGUUGAUUGUCGCCGAGAAUGGUAUCUCACAGAUUGCAUCUCAGUUGGGUACUUCAUCCGAGGAAGAAAAUCUUUUGGUAUUGAAAUGUCUUAAUGUACUGUUGGCAGGUGACGUAGAUGCCAUCGAACAAUUCAACCUCUCCCCAUGCAACGCAGUCGAUCAACUAUUGUCUUUGUUCAUUAGAAAUCAAUCUACUGAAAUAUUGAAAUAUGCACUUACAUUACUAAAUCAUAUUAUUGAACAUGAACCAUCUAGAUUAAAAGCAAGAAAAGUAAUUCCAUUCUUGGUACAACAGGUAUCGAUUUCAGAGACUGAUAUCACCAUCUUGAUUGGAUGUAUUCAAUCUUUGAUUUUAUUCUCACAACAUGCUUCCUCCAUUCCGAUUAUUCAAAAGACUAAUAUUAUAGAGAUCAUCACAUCUCUUUUAAGAGUCAACAAUAUUAGUACAAAGGUUAAGAUAUUACAGUUGGUAUCGGCAAUCUCUAAGACUGGAGGUACAUAUUUAAGUAUCAUUUGUAAUAGUGAUAUUAUUCCAAUUCUCAAUGAUUUGCUAUCCAGCGAACUUAACCAAAUGGUUAAAGAACAAGUAAUCUCUGCCAUUUCAUGGUUAACUGCAUCAAAUGAAUGUAGAGAUAAAUUUAAUCAAAAGAAUGUUCUUUCAACACUAAUUAAUAGCAUUUCAAAGAGUAUGAAUGCAGAGCUAGUUGAAAGAGUUUUAUGGUCAAUUUCAUUCUUUUGUAUGGACACUGUAAAUCAACCGACCAUCAGAGAGAGUCAUCGUGUGAUUGAUUUCAUUAUUAAUUGUCUUGGAAGAUCAGAGGAAGUGUUGAGAACACUUGCCAUCAAGACAAUACUUGUUCUCUCACAAAACGAAGUAAAUAGACCAGCUUUGGUACAAGCUGGAAUCAUUCCAUUUUUACUAUCCCUUGGUUCCUCCAAUAACAAACCUCUCCAAUUGGCAUCGAAAAAGAUUCUUUCACUAUUAAACAAUUAA